GGUGGAGCCGUAUAGACGUUCUGUACAUGUUUCCUAGGUCGGACGUAUUUUGAUGCUGCACACGUGAGAAGAACGAUGGCAACAUGUGGAGCAGAGAGUGACGUUCUGGAUGAAAAAGAUGAUCCCGGUGCAGCGCCUUACGGCAAUUUUAUAAACUAUUACACAUUCAACCCACCAGAGAACCGUCUAAGCCUCAUUCCCACCACACUUAUUCAGGAUUUGGGGUAUGGCAAAGACAGCAGUGAAACCAUAUUGAUGCUGGAUGUCGGCUGCAAUUCAGGGGAACUGACAGUGGCAUUGUACAGACACCUCCAACAGAGGGUCCUAUCUGAAGACGCUACAACACCACCCGACAGUGAUCUUCAGCUCCUUGGCUUCGACCUGGACGAAACCCUGAUCCUCCGUGCCCAACAGACCAACCCUUUCCCCCAGAGCAUCUCGUUCAUUCCCUUAGACAUCACUGAGGAUGCUGCUAGCCAGACCCAGCUACAGGACUACCUGAGACAACAUGGCUGCUUCCGCUUCCACCUCUCCCUGUGCCUGGCUGUUACCAUGUGGGUCCACCUGAACCAUGGAGACGCUGCCCUGCUGGGGCUCCUCUCCCGGCUGGCAUCCGUCAGCCAACACCUUCUCCUGGAGGCCCAGCCCUGGAAGUGCUACCGCUCAGCUGCCAGGAGGCUGAGGAAGCUAGGGCGGUCUGACUUUGACCACUUCAAGGAGUUAAAAAUCAGAGGAGAUGUGGCAGAACAAGCCAGGGAACACUUAGAGAAACACUGUGGGAUGGCACUGAUGCAGUGUUUUGGUAGUACCAGCUGGGAUCGUAGAUUGCUGCUCUUCAGGAGAAGCGAGACGGUAGACCUACAUCUAUCCCAGUAGAUAAAGUGACUGGACUUGUAGUAUCUGUUAUAAUGAUUGUCAUAAAGGAGUCAUCUGAAAACCUUUGAAAAUGUCUUCCUUGACAAUGAAGUGACAAGGUCCUCAGGAAAUGUGUAUGUGCAGGGAAGGAACUCCAGAUUCUGAGUCUUUAAGCACAGUGAAGGACCAGUAUUUCGAUUGAACACUAGGAGGCAAUAAUACUAUUUUGUUACUACUUGUAAUACCACCAUACCUAGUGCAUGCUUUCAGCUAUACAUUUAACUGAUCUUGCUCUAUUUUCUUCUUCAUAGUGGGUAUGUUUUGGCUAACAGUUAUUAAUCAACAAUGUGUGAAUAUAUGUGUGUAUGUCUCUCUGAGAAAUUAAUUUGAUCUUUUAUUUUUUGGGAUGUAAAAAAACAUGAAUUUACUACUCCAAAGCAUGAUAUCUCUUCAAAUAACAUGACCCCCUUCCUUCAGGGAUCUCUCUCAAAGUUCAUAUUAAAUUAUUAGAAAAUAACCAUUCUCUCUCUGCCUGAGGAUGAAGCUUUUUUAUUUACAUUAUAGCCAUUGAGUACUCUCUUGUUCUUUAUUUAAAAACUUCUACAGCAUCCCAUGUGUUACAGCAAGUAGCACGAGCUGUGUUAAUUGUAAUGUAAAAAAUAUUUGACAUUGACAUGAAAUGACCAGUUGAAACUGUGGUGAGGAAAAAACAUAUUUGUCAAGUUUGUCAUACAAUUUGUGUUUUCUUUACAGAAAGAACAAUCAAAAGUUUGUAGCUA